GCCUAUUUACGACAACUGUUCUGCACUCGCGACUCAUACAGGCGCGUUUUCCCGUUCUCCGUUCCGGUUUUUCACUUGUAACUGGGUCGAAACGUGUUUCAUUGCAUAACUCACACCUUUUUCAGCUAAUUCGUUUGCACAAUUCCACUUAAAACUCUAUAAUCUGCUCUCCGCUUUUUUUGCUUCUUCUCACGCAAAUCCUUUUCCUCCUGCAGUUUGUCAUGUCAACUCAUCCCGGAGACACUUCUCGGAAGCCAUCAGGCUCAUCGACGCGCUCGUCUGGACACUCUCCUUCAGCUUCCCCGAAUAACUCACAGAGGAACCUGACUCCGACAACAGCAAACAUGUUUGGUGUCACGAUAGCCGGGGCCUCCGGACUCAAGGGUCUCAACUCAGGUUGGCAGGUAUGGGGAUCAACGACACCAGCGUCCAAGAGGAAUGCGUCGAUAUCCUCCGCUGCUAGUGUGACCGACCUCUCACCUUCCCAGGCAGAGAGUGGUUACCGAGGAAAUCUGGGAGAAAGCUGGAGUGCGCCAAGGCCGACCAGUGGAACCUGGGAUGAGCUGAGUGGAAGCCCUCAAAAGAAAGAGUUCUUGCAGUUGGUCAGUCAAUUCUUUCACAGCAUUUGUUUGGCAUUCAGCAUUCAAUAGGACACUAAUUCCCCCUUGUCCCUGCAUCAUGCUCGGCAGAGGCAAGCAACUGCAGCGCAAGCAGCCGCGUUGUCAGGCCCAAGAAUUGACGAUCGCUCCUCGGCAAAGGCCGGACAAUUCUCU